GAAAACAUUAAGUUGAAAGAAAAAAUGAUUCUUGUGUUUAAAGAAAGACAAGAAGAACAAACCAUAUUCUCCUUCCUAUUCAUUUCAUUUCUAGCAAUACUAAAUAUCUGAACAUUUUCUAUACAAAUACCUUACUUUUUCUGCCACACCCUUUAUAUAAAAAUAGUAUAUAAUUGGUGGAUCUUCUUGGAUUCAUCUUUAUUCUCUUCUCUCUCUCUUUCUCUUUCUCUUUCUCUUUCUCUCAAUCUCUCUCAUUCAGAAAAAGGUUAUUCCAAAAUCACAAUCAACCAAAAGAGCAACAUGGGGAGAGCACCUUGCUGUGACAAAGCAAACGUGAAGAAAGGACCUUGGUCACCAGAAGAAGAUGCUAAGCUCAAAUCCUACAUCCAACAACAUGGUACUGUUGGUAACUGGAUCACUUUGCCACAAAAAAUUGGCCUUAAGCGAUGUGGCAAGAGUUGUCGGCUAAGAUGGCUAAACUAUCUUCGCCCUAACAUCAAGCACGGUGGUUUCACCGAAGAAGAAGACAACAUCAUUUGUAACCUUUACAUCAGAAUUGGAAGCAGGUGGUCGGUUAUUGCAGGCCAAUUGCCAGGAAGAACUGAUAAUGAUAUAAAGAACUAUUGGAACACGAAGCUGAAAAAGAAGCUUUUAGGGAAACAUCGGAAAGAACAACAAUUGCAAGUACGUAGUAAUAGAUUAUUAGCCGGUGUUAAGCACGAUGAGAGAAAUGGAAGAAAGAGUGAAAGUUUUUCAUCAAAUUUGGUUUAUGAAAAUACUACUCAACAACAUAUGUUAAAUCCAUAUUGGCCAUCAAAUAAUAUACCUAUGCAUAUUCCACCGUUGACAUACACAAACCAACAAGGUCAUACUCCUCCUAGUUUCAACGAUCAAGAUUCGAUUAGAAAAUUGUUAAUCAAGCUUGGAGGGAGAUUCUCUAAUGAAGAUGAUGAUUGUUAUCAACCAAUCCUUGAUCAUGAGUUCAAUUUUCAAUUCCCAGAUAACGGAGUUUCUGCGAUGCAACAAAUUCAUGAAGAACAUAUUGGCUCUUCUUCCGGCUGCACGAGCUCUAUAAUGAACAAUAACCAAUUAGUACAAUAUUUUUCUGAUCAGUCUCAAAGUUAUGAUCAUCAGUAUUAUGGUGAAGGAGUAACAGGACAAGAAUUGGUGCAAGAACAAGGAAGUUUCACUGCAACAACAACGACAUCUAGUAAUAAUAAUUAUUCGCAGAAGUUAAGCGGGUUGGAAUUCAUCUACGGAGAAGACAUGGACGGUACAAUUUGUAGUAACUGGGGUGAGACUGAGCUGUAGUACUUAGAUAUAUCUUCCUAACUGCGGCAAGAGGCAAGAGAUCGGAGCCACAAGAUCAAUGUGUUUUUCAAAUUCAAGGAAAAAAAAAGCUUGUAUAUAUUAAUUUGAUUUUCUAUAUAUAGAUAGAUUAUAAAUUUCAGCUAGGUAUAGAAUUUGUGUGCUGAAUCUUUGUCAAUGAGUACUUUUAAUUUUCUGAAUUGUUUGUGAAUUUUAAUAUCAUGGUUGUAAUUUUGAGAUAUCAUUGUGUUCUAAUUAUAUUAGUGAUUACUUUUUGUUUCAAAAA